CAAGUUGCAUAUACAAAAAAGUAAUGUAGAGUAGAAAGACAGAAUAAUUUAAUGCAGAGUUAAUUUAUAGAUGACAGAUUCCAAAAGGUCCAUUCUGUCCUUACUUACACAGUGUAUAUCAAGAAAAAGAAACCACUCAAAUCAAGAUCAAAUUGAUAAAAUGGCUUACAAGGCAGUGACAAGCAGUAACGGAAACAAUCCAAACUUUGUAGAACAGUGGGUGUCUAAAGUGCUUCACUAUUCUUCACAGUAUGAUUCUCAAAGUUGGCCAGCAUCUUGUGUUGAAGGAAAACCUAGGGUGUAUCCUAAGUAUGGAGAUAUAGCUGGAGCUUGGGCUCAAAAACACAAAGAUGCUAAUCAGUUUAUUGAGAUUGAAUAUGAAGAGAAGAUUUACAUUGACAAAAUAGAUAUUUAUGAGACAUACCAUGCAGGGAUGGUUAAGUGUAUAAAGGCAAAACAUCCAAAUGGAAGUUGGGUUAAAGUAUGGAAUACUCCCAAAGUCAGUUGUAUUACACAUAGUAGGAUAUUUUCACCAGAUUUUGAGAGACUGUCUUUCCAGAGCAAUAUACUAAGGAUAGAGGUUGAUUGUACAGUUGCUGGAAACUGGUGUGAGAUUGAUGCUGUAAAAAUAUCUGGAACAAAAUUCAACUUUGACUUACCACCUUCUCCAGCUGAUAUUACCAAUGAUCUGGCCAAGCUCGUUAACAAUUCACAGUUCAGUGAUGUGUCAUUUAAUGUAAAUGGGAAUAUAUUCCAUGGUCACCGAGCUAUCAUGUCUGUGAGAUCAGAAUAUUUCAGAGCUAUGUUCAGUUUUGAUGGUUCCAGUGGAAAGAGUUUAUCAGCAACAAAUUAUAAUGUAUCUGCUGAAUCCCCUCCAUCAUAUGAAUCACUUUCAAAGUCACAUGAGAAACCAGUUGAGUUAAAGGAUGUGGAUGACAGAGCGUUCUCAAUCAUAUUACAUUAUAUCUACACAAACAAGCUACCACAAAACUGUCAAAGUCAGAUUCUUCCUAAGGUUUGGAGAACUGCAGACAGGUUUUCCUUAGAUGGUUUGAAGUCCUUGGCCAUCUUUGAACUGAGUUCAGCAUUAACUAUACAGAAUGUGGUGGAGGUAUAUGUAGAUGUUAUCUCGGCACUUCCUAUAAUAGAAAGUAUCAAAACUAUUUGUGAGAAUUAUAUGCAGGAAAACAUGGCAGAGGUAGUACGACUACCAUCAUUUACAUCUCUGCCUCAAGGCUUGAUGUUAGAGCUCAUACAGAAAAUGACUGAAAAGAUGAAAAUAUAAUAAGUAAAGUUCAUGUAGCACAGUCAAAAAAUAUGUUAAUAUUCAUGUUGAAUUCAGCAUAUCACAAUUAUUUAUAAUUCAAUGAUUAAGGCCGUGUUCACAUUGACCUAAACUCGGUGUUGUGUAAGUGUAACUCACACAUGAACUAAACAUAAUUACGUCCCCAUUGAUAAAACUCAAUGUUUACAUGUAGUUUAAAUCAUUUUUUGUCUACAUGCAGUCGAUAGUCGAUGUAGGCCUUGUGUAGGUUCAGUGUACACAAAACUAGACAUUCCGAACUGUAAUUUUUCCAUUUAAAUGUAAAAAAAGAAACAAUUUUUAUAUAAAAUUGAUACUUAUAACACUUAUUAAUAAAGUUCUUUACAGAAAUAUUUGUCUAAACUUGAUAUAUUUAUUUGUUAUAAAAACACUUUACGUAGCCCUUAUCAAGACUCAUUCAUCAUCAUUACCGAACACAUAAUUCAUUAGAUACGGUCUUCCCGAAUCGACUGAACGUACACUCUGACAGAAAUAUUUGCCACUGGUCUUUACUUAUACAACGAUUCACUCAUAAAUGCAUUACUGAAAAAGGGUGAGGUUAAUUGUUUGUUUGUAUAGAAUCUCAGAUCCGUUAGAAUACAAUUAGAAAUAAAAAAAAAUAUCACCCUCUCGUUUUGCCAAAUAAAAAACAAACUUGAAGAAACAAUAUCAUUUGAAAUAAAAAGAAAAGAUAGAUAUGUAGUGAUCCUUAAUAUGGCAAUUCAUUUUCUUUGUCUAUAAGCACGCUGAUGCAGGAUACAUUUUAAUGCGUAGUCGAGACAUCUUUAAAGUACUGCAAAUCAACCAAAAUGACUUUCUAAAAGGAGCAACCACUUUACUUUUUUUUUUAAAGGGGGGGGGGCUCUGAGUCCGAUUUUUUUCUCGCGCGAAAAUUAAUAUUCAAUUUUUUUCGAUGGUACCAAUUCAAUAUUUAACACUAUAAUGUUUUUAUUUUAAUCAAAUUGUAGGAAAUUCCCCCCCUUUUUUUUAGUUAAUUGGUCGUUUCCUUACUGCUAGAAAAGUUGUUCGAAAAUUUGAGUUCGGUUCCACGUAAUGAACAUUUAAAUGACAAAUAGUUUACAAGUGUGAACAAAUCUUAUGUACAGGUAACUAAACAAGGUGUAUAGAUGUGGACAAAUCUUAUGUGAAACUAGUGUAGAUUACAUUAAACCAAAUGUAAACAUGUUUACUGUACACGGCGUUUGGUGUGAACACGGCCUAAGAUGUUUACAAUUAUCAUACUUUAUUAUUGCAUUUCAUAAGGCAUUAGUUUUAAAUUAAAAGUUGAAAUUAAUUUUUUUCAGAAACGUAUUUUACAAUUUUUUUUAUAUUUUUCCAGCAAUUAACUUUGAUU